AUCAAGCCCCUAGGCAUGCAGACUGCUUCUACAAACAGUUGUGAAAGAAUGGGUCACUCUCAGGAGCUCUGUAAAUUCAAGUGUGGUACCGUGAUAGGUUGUCAUCUGUGCAAUAAGUUCAUCUGUGAAAUCUCCUUGCUACUAAAUAUUCCACGGUCAAUUGUUAGUGGUAUUAUAACAAAGUGGAAGCAACUGGGAACAAUAGCAACUCAGCCACCAAGUGGUAGGCCAUGUAAAAUGACAGAGUGGGGUCAGUGCAUGCUGAAGCUUUCAGUGCACAGAAGUGGCCAAUUGUCUGCAGAGUCAAUAGCCAAAGACCUACAAACUUUGUUUGGCCUUUAGAUUAGCACAACAGUGCGUAGAGAGCUUCAUGGAAUGGGUUUCCAUGGCCGA